GUUAUUACCUAAGCGAGGAGUUGUAACCCCUUUUCUUGAAACAACGAUAUAUACAUGAAUCCCUUUUCAUCUACGUUGUUAACCCGACUGUAUUGUCGAUAUAUUAUGAUUAUGCAGCAAUUACGAUUGAUGCGUGUCAUGUUUUUCAUGAUAUCUAAUAAAUAGGUACCUAGCUGUGUCGAAAAGAAAGCUGACGACCAGCUGCAGGGAGGGAACCUAUCAGGCUGUCAGGUCAAAUAAUCUUUCGUACCUAGAUGCUUACCUAGGUGCCUAACUACCUACCUACGCGUUUAGAUUUCUAAGUGUUAUAUUUUCCAUUUUGAGCCCGGCCACGGCUUCAGAACCAAGCCUUUAUAUUGAAACAAUUGCUGUUGAUAUCACCGACUCACUACAAUGGCUCGAGUUAAGACUUACAUUCUCGCUCCUAACUUCACGUACAAACCAUCCGGACCUAUUCAGAUUGGCAAUAUUAUCACUGAUCCUCUCAGGCCGACAAAGGUACUCUCGUCAUUGUCCACGGAUUCUCAACCCGCGAUCGAAGUAAUAACACAACAUGAGUUCGAACUGGUCGACGAGCAGGAUCGAUCUAUCCAUGCCGGUGUGUGGAGUACGUUUCUGGAAACAAUAGGCGCCUCGCUGGGUGCCGGGCAUGAAACAAACCGAUCACACACAUACAAAGCUACUGAACUCGAGACACAUUACCUGCGCGAUGAGCCAUCUGAGACUGAUGUGGCACGGCGUACAGCUGAACCUUCAGUACAAGCCGUUAUCCGUGCGGGAUGGUUCGGUGCGCGUCCCGUAUACAUGGUGACCGGGGUGAAGGUUGCGCGAGGGUUCGCUGUGAGUAACGGGAUGAAUAAGAGUUGGACUACUAGUUCAACGGAACUCUCCCAGCCUCAGAAAGUGUUGGCAUAGGUGGGGAGCUGAAAAUAGAAAGGAGAAAUAAGACGACUUCGGCAUUUCAAACCGGGAACGAGGAUAUUGUCUUUGCAUACCAGGUACAUGUGAUCAAGGAAAAGAGGAAGGGCCACAACACAUCCGUUUCGGCGAGUAUAUUUGAAUCAGAUGCGGCGCUGCUGCAUGACGAAGAUAGUAGCCAUACUGAAAUAUUCAUGACUCCCGGUGGUAAGGAUGACCUCCAAGAUCUGUUAAAGGAAAUGGGAGAAAAUGUUUCUCUGAUCUGUCGGGAAGCAAAAGAUGGUAGUGAACUUGUCACGACUAUUAGUUUAAUAUAGUCGCAACACUAACCCUUAGGUGCAAUAUGCUUCGGGAAUACAGAGAUACGUACAUAGAACCAAGAUACAUCCAUGCAGCCGCGAAUAAGGGGUCAAGAAAGAGGAAUGUUAAAGGUCUGGUUGGCCUGUAGGAGAUCGCUGAUCUUGGUGAUAAAGCAGAUACAAGACUAUUUCCUGUAUUUAACCUCAAUCUAGGAGGAGCCUAGUACUCUACGCGUAAUAACUUAGUAACCCAUCUCUCUUUUAUACCUGCCGAGUCUGCACCGUGACAAGCGGGACGGCUGGUCAGAU